GAAUUGCAUGCAGCAAUGACUUCAUCGCGGGAUGAUACAAAAGUUGUGCUAGUUGCUUGGUUUCUAUUAAUGAUCUCAGCAAUGUCACAAACAAUUCAUUCCAGCUGCCAAAAUAAAUGUGGAAGUGUUAACAUUCCUUACCCAUUUGGUACAGCUGAGGACUGCUACUUGAACAGCAACUUUUAUGUUGCGUGUAACACAAGUCACAACCCUCCCAAACCAUUUCUGUGGAAUGUCACCAAAAGUAUUGAGAUCUUAGAGGUUUCAUUGAAUGGCCAUUUGAGGAUAAAAUCCCCUGUAGCUUAUGUGUGCUAUGAUGAAAAGGGUGUGCUAGUGGAUUCAGGGAAUUCAUCUAUGACUUUGCAAGCAUUCCCCUUCUCAUACACCCAGAACAAGUUCAUUGGAAUUGGAUGUGACACCCUUUCAAGCAUCAAUGCAACAAUUGGGAAAAACUACUCAGCUGGAGGGUGUUUUUCACUUUGUAGUAGUGUAGAAAGUUCAGCCAAUGGUUCCUGGUUUGGCGUUGGUUUCUGCCAAACCUCUAUCCCAAAAAACAUCUUGGCAUAUCAAGCUCGUGUGCUGAGUUUAAAUUUGAUGCAUAGGGAUAUGAAUAUUCCUUGUAGCUACUCUCUUUUGGUGGAAGAAGACUCUUUCAAGUUCUCCACUGAUGACUUCAUCAAACUUCAGAAGAGAAAAACCGCUCCCACAGUGCUAGAUUGGGCUGUUGGGAAUCAAACAUGCCAAGAAGCUAAGAAGAAUUUGACUAGUUUUGCCUGCCAAGAAAAUAGCAAGUGUAUUGACUCUGACAAUGGACCAGGGUACCUUUGCAGAUGCUUAGAAGGUUAUGUGGGAAAUGCAUACCUUCAUGGUGGAUGCCAAGAUAUUGAUGAGUGUGCCAAUCUGAGUCUAAAUGACUGUUCAGAUCUUUGCAUUAAUCUACCUGGGAGCUAUAAUUGUUCUUGUCCUAAGAGCAAGGGGUACCAGGGAGAUGGCAGAAAAGGAGGAAGUGGCUGCGUCUCGAAUCUACAACAUGUGGUUAAUCAGAUUGUGAUAGGCACUGGCAUAGGCCUUAUGCUGUUGUUAAUUGGUAGUGGCUGGCUAUACCAUGUGUUUCGUAAAAGAAAAAGAGUGAGACUCACAACAAGAUAUUUCAAGCAAAAUGGUGGCUUAAUGUUACAGCAGCAAAUUUCAAACAUGGAAGGAUCAUCUGAGAGAGCCAAAAUUUUCACUGCAAGAGAGCUAAAGAAAGCCACCGAAAACUUUCACGAGAGCAGAAUCAUUGGCAGAGGAGGAUACGGUACAGUUUAUAGGGGAAUACUUCCAGAUGACCAUGUUGUUGCUAUCAAGAAAUCAAAACUAGUAGACCACAGCCAAACCGAACAAUUCAUCAAUGAAGUGGUUGUACUGUCCCAAAUUAACCACAGAAAUGUUGUCAAACUCCUAGGUUGCUGUCUGGAGACAGAAAUGCCACUUCUGGUUUAUGAAUUUGUGAACAAUGGCACCCUCUUUGACCACAUUCACAACAAAAACACCACACUUCCUUGGGAAGCACGUCUAAGAAUAGCAGCAGAAACAGCUGGUGUGCUUGCAUACUUGCAUUCUGCUGCCUCCAUACCAAUCAUCCAUAGGGACUUCAAGUCAACUAACAUACUCUUAGAUGACAAAUACACAGCUAAGGUUUCUGACUUUGGAACCUCGAGAUUGGUUCCACGUGACAAGUGUCAAUUGACAACGUUGGUUCAAGGAACUCUAGGGUACCUUGACCCUGAGUACUUUCAGAGCAGCCAACUAACCGAGAAAAGCGAUGUUUAUAGCUUUGGUGUCGUGCUUGCAGAGUUGCUAACCGGAAGAAGGGCACUUUCUUUUGACAUGCCAGAGGAGGAGAGAAACUUAGCCUUGUAUUUCCUUUCAGCUGUGAAGGAUGAUUGCUUGUUCGAAAUUGUUGAGGAUUGUGUGAGUGAGGGAAAUAGUGAGCAAGUAAAGGAAGUUGCUAACAUUGCUCAAUGGUGCUUGAGGCUUAGAGGGGAGGAAAGACCUACCAUGAAAGAAGUGGCAAUGGAAUUGGAUAGUCUUAGAAUGAUGACAACAACAACAACUACAUGGAUUAAUGCUACAUCAAAUUCAACAGAAUAUGUGAUUGGUGAAAGGUCAGGUCUAAGUCUAACAGAAACAACAGACUAUGCUAAUUGUCAUUAUACUUGUAAUACAUGUGCUGGGCACGAGGAUGAAACCAUUUGCAACGAUGUGAUGUCACCGAUAUGGGAUGGUCGAUGGCUUGACCAGAAGAACCUAAAAAACAAAGUCAUGGCUGUGUGCUCAAUAAUGCUGCUGCUGCUACUUUUUACGCUUCUCAUUGCAACAACUAAAACUCAACCCAUGUCAAAGCCAAACUGUCCAACAAACUGUGGCUCUGUCACGGUUCCCUUCCCAUUUGGCAUGACUGAGGAUUGUUCCUUGGACGCUUCAUUUCUCGUCUCCUGCAACCGAACCUCUUCUUCAUCACAUGACCUUUUCUUGCCACAAACCAACAUAAGCGUCCUAAACAUCUCACUCAAUGGCGAACUGCAGAUUUCAUGGCCAGUAGCCAGCGACUGCUACGCCGAAAGAGGUAAACUCUUGAGUCAAACAAUCCAAGACCUAAGUAUUACAAGCUUCCAGCUCUCUUCGAACCGAAACAUGUUCACCGUACUCGGGUGCGACACGCUUGGACUAGUGGUGGGAACCGAUUCGGAUGGAAGGAACUACACCACCGGAUGUGUGUCCCUGUGCAACAGGCUCCAAGACAUCGAAACGAACGGGUCUUGUUCCGGCACCGGUUGUUGCGAGACUUCGAUCCCGCGCGGGUUGUCGGGGUUCUCCUACGGUUCUUCGAGCGUGUACAACCACACAAGCGUGAUUGACUUCAACCCGUGCGGGCAUGCGUUCCUGGUAGAACGUGGGGCCUACAACUUCUCCUCCACGGACCUCUUCAAGUUCGAGAAGACAACGUUUCCCGCUGGGGUGGAUUGGGUAGUGAAGAACCAAACGUGCCAAGAAGCUAAGAAAGAGGUUUCAAGUUAUGCGUGUAAAUCAGAAAACAGUGAAUGUUACCAUUCAUUCGAGGGAUCUGGUUAUCUUUGUAGCUGCUCAAAUGGUUUCGAAGGAAACCCUUACCUACUUGGUGGUUGUCAAGAUGUUAAUGAAUGCAUGGGAUCCACGGCCGAUUGCUUUGAUGGGGCAAUAUGUAAUAACCUUCCUGGUGGUUAUAAUUGUUCAUGCCCGGAAGGAUUUGAAGGAGAUGGGAAAAAUGAUGGAUCAAGAUGCAGUCCCAAAUCUAGCACCAAUUCAAGGAAAGCGAUCAUCAUAUUGAUAAUUGCUUUGAGUGUGAGUGUAAGUCUUGUAACACUACUUGGGGGAAGCUUUUAUGUGUAUUGGGUAUCGAAGAAAAGAAAGAUCAUCAAACUUAAAGAACAAUUUUUUCAACAAAAUGGUGGCCUUUUCUUACAACAACAUAUGUCUAGGCAUAAAGGAUCAAUUGAAACGGCCAAAGUCUUCACUAUUGAGGAGUUAAAAGAUGCCACCAACAACUUUGAUGAGGACAAGAUCCUAGGUCAAGGAGGCCAAGGAACAGUUUACAAAGGAGUAUUGCUAGAUAAUAGAAUUGUGGCAAUCAAAAAGUCCAAAAUCAGUGAUCCAAAUCAGAUUGAGCAAUUCAUCAAUGAGGUGAUUGUGCUUUCCCAAAUCAACCAUAGGAAUGUGGUAAAGCUUUUGGGUUGUUGUUUAGAGACAGAAGUUCCUAUGCUUGUUUAUGAAUUUAUUCCCAAUGGUACUAUUUAUGAGCACCUUCAUGAUUUUAAUUGUUCUCUAAAACUUACAUGGAAAACAAGACUGAGAAUCGCAACAGAAACUGCUGGGGCCUUGGCUUAUUUGCAUUCUGCUACUUCUACACCAAUCAUACACAGAGAUGUGAAAACUACAAAUAUAUUACUUGAUCACAAUCUCAUUGCAAAGGUUUCUGAUUUUGGAGCUUCAAGAAUUUUCCCCCUUGAUCAAACUCAAUUAACCACUCUGGUGCAAGGGACAUUAGGGUAUCUCGACCCAGAAUACUUUCAUACAAGUCAAUUGACCGAGAAGAGUGAUGUUUAUAGUUUUGGUGUUGUCCUAGCAGAGCUACUGACAGGAAAGAAGGCACUUUCAUUUGAUAGGCCAGAGGCUAAUAGAAACCUUGCAGCGUACUUUGUUUCUUCAAUGAAAACAGGCCAAUUACUUGACAUUGUGGACAACUACAUAUCACAUGAGGCAAAUGUUGAACAACUAACAGAAGUUGCCAAUAUUGCAAAGCUAUGUUUAAAGGUGAAAGGAGAGGAUAGACCCACCAUGAAAGAAGUUGCAAUGGAACUUGAGGGACUUCAAAUUGUGGGAAAGCAUCGAUGGGGAAGUGUUAGUUCAUCUUCAGAAGAGACAGAAAACUUGCUACAAAAAGCAUCAUCUGUUCUCGCUGGUGAAGAAGGCAUUAGUGGAAGUGGAAUUAAUUCUGGUUUUGAUAGCUUAAACCGAUUUUCAGUGUCUUUGGGUGGUGGAAGAUGAAUAGUUGAUAUUGAUUGUGGUAUUGUUGUAAAUGACAAGUUUAUCUGUACUUAGGAUUACGACAUAAUAUACGUCUAAAUUGAGAAUAAUGUUUAUGUAAUGUGUGCCCCUAAGUAAAUCAAUUAAGACAACAUUUUCCAUUUUAAUAAUGCAAAUAAGGUGCUUUAAGGCAUA